AUGUGGAAUGAACAGGCAGUUGAUUUCAAAACGAUAUUGUUUCAAGCUGAUGAUCUCUUCAAAGACAGAAUCCGUCCCACACGCAUUCCAGAGGCGAUUGACCUCUUCAAAAUUGACCGGAUCCAUGAAGGGUGUUCUGGGCAAGUAAUUGCCACGGGCACGGCGGUACUGCGGACUCACGAACUGUACAAGUGGAAUCAACUCGACAUGGUCAACCUGGUAGAUAGUUUUAACGAGUUGAUGGAGGACAAAUUACCCUUUGAAUUCGACGUCGUCCCAAUUCUAAGGGAUCGUUCAGCUGUAGCAUCCUUCCGGUGCCUAACUGCCAUGCUACGCGAAGGAAGCACGAGGGCUGGGAUACUGCCGGGUUGCCCAAGCCUAAACAAGGAAAGUCGAGAGGCGGAGGCCGUGUUCGAACCACGGACCGUCCGACAUCAUUGCGUGCACAUUCAAACUAUAUUACCAUACGGAUCAGAAACCUGGCCGCUGCGCGCUGAGGACGUCACAAGGCUUUCAGUGUUUGACCAUCGAUGUCUUCGGAGCAUUGCCCGAAUCUGGUGGGAACACCGGAGCAGCAAUGCUGAAGUUUGUCGAAUGGUGUUCGGGGGGAAUUACUCACCCUCGAUAGACGAACUGAUCACACUGCACAGGUUGCGCUGGCUUGGCCACGUGCUGCGUAUGCCAGUCGACU